UCCGAUCUUCACUCCUUUCUCUGAGCUUCUAUCGACUGUGUGACCCGCGUGUUUACACACUCCCAGAUGAAGGAGUUCAUAAUGAACCAGGAGAAGCUUGCCAAACUGCAGGCGUCAGUCCGCAUAGGCGGCAAGGGGUCAGCCCGCAGAAAGAAGAAGGUGGUGCACAGGACGGCAACAGCAGAUGAUAAGAAGCUGCAGUUCUCCCUCAAGAAACUGGGAGUCAACAACAUCUCUGGCAUUGAGGAGGUGAAUAUGUUCACAAACCAAGGGACAGUGAUCCACUUCAAUAACCCAAAGGUUCAGGCCUCCUUGGCUGCCAACACCUUCACAAUCACAGGGCACGCUGAGAACAAGCAGCUCACAGAGAUGCUCCCGGGAAUCCUAAACCAGCUGGGAGCCGACAGUCUAACCAGCCUCAGGAGAUUAGCAGAGACCCUGCCCAAACCAGCAGGAGAGAACAAAUCCCCCAUGGUUGCUGCUGAAGAGGAUGAUGAUGAUGUUCCAGAUCUUGUUGAAAACUUUGAUGAGGCUUCAAAGGACGAGGCAAACUAAAAAAACAUUAGCCAACAUUUCAAAGCUACUCUUGUCUCACUGUACUUUGUCACAGCAGCAUUUUAAAUUGUUCAUCUCUGUAAUUGCUCUGUGGCUACAAACAAAAGUUGCAUUUUAAUUCUAACAAUUGGGCUCACUUUUUAUAGAAACUCUCACUCAGCCUUUUGUUUGAUUUGCCUCAUUAAGCAGUACAGAUGACAUUAUUUUAUUCACUGGAAUGUGCAAACCUUUUUCUUUCACACGCUGCCUCUCCUGAAUUGUGAUGGCCACACAUCAAACAUGUUUUGGUGGAAUUUAUCAUGUAAUAAAAUUCCAUUUAAAUAUC